GGCCCAACUUCACAUUUUUACCAUUUUAACAAUUCCACUCUAAGCCCAAUAGCUCUUCUUCUACAAUAACUCCACCUUCAAACAUCCAUCCCGUAAAUCCCAAAAAGCUUUCUGCUUUGGAAAAUCAAUUCACAGCGCUCUUCCAUUAGAUCCGAUCAGAGCACAUACAGUUACAAGGAGAUAGGGUGGACAGUAGUGGCAACAAGGAAAGAUGGUUGCACUGAAGAUUGAAACGGGUCACAAUGACGUAGUUCACGACGUAUCCAUGGAUUACUAUGGGAAACGGGUCGCAACAGCUUCGUCUGAUUCCACCGUCAAAAUAAUUGGUGUGAGCAACAACUCCACCUCUCAACACCUCGCCACUCUUAGUGGCCAUCACGGUCCUGUCUGGCAGGUUUCCUGGGCCCACCCGAAAUUCGGCUCAAUCCUUGCUUCAUGUUCCUACGACGGUAAGGUCAUUAUAUGGAAGGAAGGCAGUCAGAAUGAGUGGACACAAGCCCACAUUUUCAGCGAUCACAAAUCCUCCGUCAAUUCCAUCUCGUGGGCCCCUCACGAACUCGGGCUUUGUUUGGCUUGCGGGUCCUCCGAUGGGAACAUCUCAAUUUACACUGCGAGGUCAGAUGGCGGUUGGGACACCGCAAGGAUAGACCGUGCCCACCCAGUUGGAGUGACCUCUGUUUCUUGGGCCCCCUCAAUGGCCCCCGGUGCUUUAGUGGGACCCGGCAUACUUGAUCCUGUCCAGAAGCUCGCCUCUGGCGGCUGUGAUAACACUGUAAAGGUUUGGAAGCUCUACAAUGGUGUUUGGAAGAUGGAUUGCUUCCCCGCCCUUCAAAUGCAUGAUAACUGGGUUAGGGACGUCGCGUGGGCCCCCAAUUUGGGUCUCCCAAAGUCAACUAUUGCAAGCGCUUCAGAGGAUGGUAAGGUUGUCAUAUGGACCGCGGCGAAAGAGGGAGACCCAUGGGAGGGGAAGGUUCUCAAUGACUUCCAGAGCCCCGUUUGGAGGGUAUCGUGGUCAUUGACCGGUAACCUUUUGGCCGUUGCGUCUGGCGAUAACAGCGUGACAUUGUGGAACGAAGCUGUCGACGGAGAGUGGCAAAAGGUCACAACUGGUGACCAAUAAGAUUUUCUCGGUUGCUUUUUGAUUAAUGUCUAUGUUUUAAGACGUUUUUCACUGGAUUUGAGUUUCACAAUUGCUUUGUUUAAAACCUGCCCCUUUUUUUUCUUGUUGUGUUGUGAAGAAAAUCGGAUGUAUUUCUUACUCUUUGCCUCUGGUUUAUAUAAUUAUAUGACUUGAUAUCAUACUGUGCAAGAAAUUUACUUGUGACUU